AUGGCUCAACCAGCGGGAAGAACUAUUUUGGCGUCCACCAUCGCCAAACAAUAUGUCAAUGAGAUCACCUCUCAAGUGAAAGCGCUCAACUUCAAACCCAAGUUGGUUGGUUUUUUAGCCAACGAUGACUCUGCUGCUGAGAUGUAUGCUAAUUGGUCGGCGAAAACAUGUGAACUGAUGGGUUUUGACUAUGAGUUGAGAAGACGGGCAAAAAACGAUCUUGAAAGUGCCUUAAUCCAGGCUAACAAUGAUGAUAGCGUUAACGGAAUCAUGGUGUACUUCCCAAUCUUUGGAGACAAGCAGGAUCAGUACCUCCAACAGCUCAUAUCGACAGAGAAGGACGUGGAAGGACUCAAUUUCUUGUACUACCACAACUUGUACCACAAUAUCAGAUUUUUGGACCCACCUACAAAUGAGCAGAAGUCCAUCUUGCCUUGCACGCCAUUGGCCAUGGUGAAGAUAUUGGAGUAUUUGGGUGUCUACAACAAGCACCUUCAUUACGGGAACAGGCUUUAUGGCAAGAAGGUGUUGGUGGUCAAUCGAUCGGAGAUCGUGGGAAGACCAUUGGCUGCGCUUUUGGCCAAUGACGGUGCUACUGUGUACUCUCUUGAUAUCAACAACAUGCAGCAGUUUACUAGAGGAGACGAUCUUCUGAUGCAGAGACACAAGGUGAUUGACUUAGACCAGAGCGAAUACACUUUGGAAAAAGUUGCUCCGCAGUGUGACGUAAUCAUCACAGGUGUUCCAUCAGAAAGCUACAAGUUUCCGACAGAGUUGGUGUCUAACGGAGCAGUGGUAAUCAACUUUGCCAGUGCCAAAAACUUCAACGAUGAUGUGAAGCAAAAGGCCGGGCUCUACGUGCCAUCAAUUGGUAAAGUGACCAUUGCCAUGCUCCUAAGAAACUUGCUUCGUUUGAUUAACAACAAGAAGAUACGCACUGAGAAGGCCAAGGGUGAAACCGGUGCCACCGAUUCUUCGACUUAG